CACAAAAUCAAAUCAUACAAAAAGAUUUCUCCUCGUCCUCGGAUAACAAUUGAAUUAUUGUUUUAGCAAUUGUUUAUUUGGCGGCGGGUUAUUCUCAUUGACGGUAUUAAAAACCAGACGAAAAAAUAGAAAUAAAAAAAAAUAUUGUGAACAAAUGGGAGUCCAUUGAAAGUGGUUAUUUAUUUUUAUAGAAUUUUGUUUAACUCCAAUUAGAAACACAAAAAAAACUCCUAAAAACUUUAACAAUAAAAGAAAGAUAAAUUUAUCGGUGAAGUGAACAUUUCGGUAGUAAUUUGUGUUUUGAAAUUAGAAACAUUACCAAAAUAAAACUUAAAAACUUUUCAACUUGAGAAGCUGUGAAAAAUUCAUAAAUUGCAUCCAUCACUGGGAUUCUGUGGAGAAGAAGAAAAACCGGACAUUUUUAAAGGUGUUGCCUUUUGUCCGUGGUAAAUGAAAUUUCAAAUGACAACGGCAACACUAAACGUAUGCGCACAACCCACGUAAUAAAACUACCAACACAAACCACCACACCAAGAAAAAAAAAAAAAAACAAGAGCCGCCAGAGUAGAGCUCCAACGAAACGAUUACUGCUGUGCCGUGAGUUCCGAGAGUUCCAAAAGUUCCGAGAGUGUCUCUACUCUAUUGCUAUUCCCAUUCUCAAUUUGCAGCAGAAGCAGUAGUAGCGCGCAGUCGAAUUUUGUCGUCUGCCUCGAAGAGUGCACAACACCAUACGAGACGAAUGAAAAACCCGAUUCUAAUAUAUACCCAUAAUAUUUAUCAAUGAAAUACAACAACAAAAGCAACAACAAAAAAAGUAUAUUGAAUUAAAUUGUUUAUCAAAUUCAAGUCGAGAGCGAAGAAGGAAUCAAUCGUCCAGUUGAGUAAUUUAAUUACUUAAAUAAUUGUGUGUUAAAAAUUGAAAUGAAUCGGUUCUGUGUUUUGAGUGAUUGAUAUUUUAAAAUUGUGUUCUAGUAAGGAGCUUGAGCUGAGCUGCUAUCUGCUGUUUUUUCUUCUCUGCAAUAAUCCCUAGAGCUCCGAUAUUCAAGAGAAAAAGGGCGGUGUCGUCAUUGUGUCUUCUGUUCUGUGUUUAUUCUUUGUUAUUAAAUUUUCUCUGUGUACAAUUUUUGUGUGGAUUUGAAAAUAAAAAAAUAAAUAAAUAAAUAAUAUGAAAAAUUAGUGCAGCAAGUUAGAAAUAGUAUACCGUUAUUCUCGCCUGCUGAAUUACAGAGUUUUGAAAUUUUGCAAAUAUUGCAAAAUGCAAUUUUCUUUGAGAAAAUCGGAAAAAUUAGAUAUCUCACAAAAUCCCUUCCUUAAUAAUCUUAACCUCAUCCCAAUCGAAGUCCUCGUUCAAGUUGUCUCCAACGCCGCCGUCGUCGUCGCAGUCGUCAAAAACGUCGUCUCCGUCGCAGCCGCCGCCGCGUUUAUGUUGUUGGUGUGCCCUGUCGAAGUUUUAUGUAUUCAGUGAAGAAAAUUCACUCCUGAUUCACACGAAGCAAAUUUGUUUAUAAUUAUUAAUAUAUUUUUUUUGUUUCAAAUAAAAAUUCGAUUUGAUUUGAAUCAAUUCAAAAAUCCUAAUCGUUUAAUUAAAAUCAAUUCAAAUGCGUCUCUCAACAAAUACAACACCAUCGAACAUGGCUGAGAAAUCCAGUAAAUUGGAAAAGUUAUCGUCUUCAAGCAAUAUGAAUGUCGGCGGUAGCAAUACGGGUGGCAGUGGCGGAGGAGGAGGCAGUAGCAGUGGUAAACCGGUGCCGAUGAAGCUGUUUGCUGCUUGGGAAGUCGAUCGUACACCGCCAAAUUGCAUACCAAGACUCUGUUCGCUGACAAUAACGAGAUUAUCAAUAUUGACUCCUUUGCCAGGGGACAUGACAUCCUUGUCGUUGGCUGUCAAAAUGCAAAGCUCCAAGCGUACUUUACGCUCUCAUGAAAUUCCAAUAACGCAAAACCUCAGUGGAUCUCAAUUGGGUAAUAAUGUGAGUGGCGGAGGAGGUGGUUCAGGAGGAGCCGGAGGUGGUGCAUCAGCGCAACAGCACCAACACCAACAUCAACAUCAGCAACAACAACAAGGAAAUAAUCAAAUGAACUCCAUGGGAGGUGGCGGUGGAGGUGGGUCAAGUGGUGGUGCGAUUGGAAGUGGCAGUGGCCCUGGAGGUGGAAGUGGUCAGAUCAAUUCAUCACAUCAUGGUUUAAGCAACAACGGUGGACUGGGCUGUGGAGGAGGCAACUCGAAUUCGAGCUCUGGAUGUAACCUUGGCAACAUGAACAAUAUCAUGGGCAUUCCUCUGGCCGAGGCCGAACUUGAUUUGCACUUUAGUCUGCAGUAUCCACAUUUUAUUAAACGAGAUGGAAAUAGGUUGGUGAUAUUGCUGCAAAGGCGCAAGAAAUAUAAAUCACGUACAAUACUUGGCUAUAAGACUCUAGCAGAGGGUAUCAUUCGCAUGGAUGCUGUUCUACAGAAAUCCAUGGAUAUGACAGUUGAGUUGAUUGCAUCGGGCAAGAACGGCAGACCGGGUACGACUGUAGCCAGUUUGAGGGCCGAACGCGUUUCAUCCAUUCCAGUUGAUCAUGACAAUAAAAAUAACAAUAGUGUGAUGUUAGCAGAUCGUGUCGCAGAAUACUCAGACGAAGACGAAGAAGGUGAAUUUAGUUCGGGUGAAUUUAAUGAUGAUGGCACUGAUUUGGGAAUAACCGGCUAUGAUCCGAAACGUGAUUAUGCCCAAUCGAAGCAUGAUAUGCGUAAAUAUCGUAAAUUACAAAGAUCAGAAGUCGAGGAUGUUGCAUUAGGUACAAAUCCAGUUGAUAGUGAUAGUGAAUUCGAAAUGAAGGAUAAAAGUUCAUCAAGGGCGAAAAUCAGUCGGACAAUUUCGUUGCAACAACGUAAUUUCAAGCAGAAAAUUGUUGCACUGCUUAAACGGUUCAAAGUCUCUGAAGAAUUGGAUGGCGGAGUUACACGAGGACCAUCAUCGUUACGGGGCGAACGUGAUUUGGAUGCUCUAUUUCAGGAAUUGGAAUCUCUAUCGUGUUGUGAAGGCGAUGAUUCUGGACCAGAUAUGGACAGUUUGUCAAUUGGUUCAACACCAAAGCCAUCUUUAAGGCCAUUCUUUACGAAUUCCCGAAUAAUGUUACACGAUUCUAAUACAGGCAACAUGGAGAGAAGGUCCUCGGACAAAAGUGAUCCAACAUCGAUUAAUAAUGAUAAUAAGAAAAACAAUACUUUUAAUAAUAACAAUUUGGCCUCGACACCAGAUCGUUGUCCUGAAUUCCGAAAUGAUAGCUCUGGUAAUGAGGCAAAUGCAGGCAACACCGAUGGCCAAACAUCAGAUCCACAAAAUAGUCCACCACGCGAAAAAGACUUUUUGCAAAAUGCUUUCAAUAUGACACCGGUGACACCAGGCCCUCCAGUAACAGUUCUCUCCCAACCGCCGCCGCCCAGCGAGAAGCGUAGUCGUCUUUUUCGGACUUCUAGCAGUACUCCGGGCGGCGGCAAGAAAAAGCAAUCCUUGAGUCUGACAGCUGAACCGCGAUCAGUAUUAGAGACAUGUUUGUCUCCAACAAAUGUUGAACCGAGGAAAAUGCUCCUCGAUCAAUUGAGCAGGGUAUUCGCUACCGAUGAAGCCGUUAUACCGGAUGUGGUAACAAUAAUAAGCCCCCCAGAAGCCCUCGUCAGUAUUAGUUGGGCCAGUAAGCUGACGCAGUUAUUUGCGAAUACAUUUAAGCCCGCAUUUUUACCCCAAAACACGGCCGAGGUUAAGGCAGUGCUUCAAGCACUUAUGGGGAAAAUACAAAAAUAUUGUAACUCUAAUGCCAAACCUCCGACAACUGUGAAAAUACUCCUUUUGGGAGGUGAUUGGCUACAGGGGGCCGCAUUACGACACUAUGUGGAAUUGCUGGGUGUACGACCGCCCGACUGGGUCAAUCAUCUACGAUUUUACAUUGUUCCUAUCGGCAGCAGUACCAUAUCACGUCAUCUGAGCUCAGUUGAUCAGUCAUAUUGCGCAAUGUUUGGCACCGAACACUGGUAUCAAUUGUGUGAGCGUGCCGCAGCUACUGCAGCUGCUGUUACUGCCGUUUCAACAGUGAAUGCCCAAUCUAUCUCUUCAUCACUAAAUGAUCCGAUGGCAAUGAAUAAAUCGGAUAUUGUUGAACUGAUCAAUCGAGUACAAAGGUACUUACAUGCAGCUGGUCCUUGCACACAGAUUCCUAUCGCCGAAGCAAUGGUAAACUACAAGGAUGAAGAUUCUUGUCAAAUAUUUGUUCCAUUUGUCAGUGAUGUCCGAAUUGGUUAUGCCGAUGGACCACAAGUUUCAUUAGAUCUCGAAGAAUCGCUACAAUUGGCACAGCAAGCAGCUGCUGGCAAUGCUGGCGGUAAUAGUGGAACUGGUAUUCUUUCAAGUUCUCCUCCAUUGAGUGGAAGAGUUUCACCGCCAUUGCAAACGCCACCAUCAAAUCAAACUACAGCCGCAUCUGCACACGAAUCAGUUGAAUUGCAAGUCGAUUAUUGGCCAAUAAUGCGACCAUUGGACGCAAAAGAAAAGAGCAUAUCAAAGGGAGGGGAUCAGGGAAAAAAUAGUAUAAAGAGUACUUUUAGAAAUCUACAAGUGUGGCGGCUACCGCAAAAUGCUCAAAUUGGUGAGAUUUCAAAUGGACUGACUGUUAGUUUUGCAACGAAAGAGAAAAAACAAAAAAUUAUGCGUUUAGGUAAGAAAAAGGAGAAAGAUCGCGAUCUCGAAAAAGAACAAUGCGUUGAAGGUGUUGCACGAUUGAUUUGUUCACCAAAACAGUCUCAUCCAGUUCCACUGAGAGUAUACAUCGAUGGAACCGAAUGGACUGGCGUUAAGUUCUUCCAAUUAUCAUCACAAUGGCAAACACAUGUUAAAAAUUUUCCAGUUGCUCUAAUUGGUUAUACGCCAAUGUCCUGUUCAGAGCUAUCCUAGUCAUUUUAAACUAAAACAAAAACAUAUAAUUAUAUAAUAAAAUACAUUACGUCAUAUAAACCGAAAAUGUUUUAAAAAUUAAUAAAUAUAAACAAUAAUUAUACACAUUACACAAUAAAAAAAAAUUAAAUCCUAUACUACUAUGUAUUUAAAAAAGAAAUAAAGAAGAGAGAAAACACACAAUAAAUAUAAAAUAAUUAAAACUACCAGUGAAAAGAAAAAGUAAUUUACAAAAGCUAAUUAAUUAAUAUUCAAAAGAAUAAACAAAAAACACAAUAAUGAUUUUGCAAAGCUUGACUAUCUUAAUCAUCAUCCAUAGAAACAUAAUAUUUUCAAAACUAUCCCACAGAAAUAGACAAAAAUAAAGAAAAACUAAACAAAUUGGUUACAGAUACGAAUAUAAAAAGAAAACUAAAUAAAUGGAAACUAAGAUGAACAGGAAAAUAAAUUAA